GGAUUAACCAAAAAUAAAAACAAAACAAAAAAUUUGUUCUCACAUUCCUAUUCCAACAUGACUACAAUGUCUAUAAUAAUCUCCAUAAAUAGUUAAAAUCUGUUUAGUUAUUUUUGUCUCAUUAAUUUCUCUUUCUCACGGCAUUCUCCAAUUGAGAGUAUUUCUUAAGAUUCUUUUGCCUUAUUUUUUCCGAUUACUGGAUCGGAGAUUGUUGAAGGCAACUUCUGUUUGUACUUAGUGAAAUCAUGGGUAUAGAUGUGGAAUCUCAGUUAGCCCAUGUUUCAGUUGAGAACAAGAUUCUGAAAGACAAUGGGAGAAUGAAUAAUGUUGCAGGGGUUAACGAUCCCAUAAAAGUUGGCUCUCAUGGUAUUGAAGAACCAAUUAAGGAGGAAAGGAAGAGAGAUCCUUUAAUCAGCCUCCGGGAGAAUGCGGUUGAUGAAUGGCCUCAAGAAAAACAGGUCCAUUCUUUCUACAUUGUCAAAUAUCGGAGAUUUGAAGACCAAAAGCUGAAGUCCAAAAUAGAACAGGCCGAAAUUGAGCUACAGAAAAAGAACAAAGCAAGAUCGCAGAUUAUUGAAAAAUUAAAGCUCAUAAGGGCAGAUAGAGCGCAGCUCAUUGAGCAAAGGAAAUCUCUAAGUGCUGAGAAUCAGCAGUUUUGGACAAAGAUUGAUGAGAAAAGAAAGGAAGUCAAACCGCUGCACGAUGCCUUGGGCGAGCUCCGUGGUGCUAGAAAUACUGGCGGAGAGAGGGGUUAUAGUCUGUGUUCAUCUGAGGAGGAGCUUAACAAUCUUAUCAAAAGCCUGGAGUACCGCAUUCAACAUGAAAGCAUUCCUCUGAAUGAAGAGAAGCAAAUUCUCAGGGAAAUCAAGCAACUUGAAGGAACAAGGGAAAAUGUUAAAAAGAAUGCUGCUAUGAGAGCAGAUAUUCUGGAAUCGAAAGGUGACAAGGAGUCAAUUCAAAACCAGGUCAAACUUAUAAGUGUUGACUUGGACGGAGUCCGUAAGGAGCAACAGGCGGUAAAGGCCAAGCUUAAGAAACUGGACGAUCACAUCGAUGACAUAACAAAGCAGAUCAAGUCAUUGGAUGAGGAAGUGAAGGAAAUUGUAAAAAAGAGAGAAAGCACUUAUGAACAUAUUCUUGAAUUGAGAAAACAACGUGAUGAAGGGAAUUCUCCUUUCUACAAAAACUCCACAAUGUUACAGAAAGCCAAACAGCUUGCGGAUAAGAAGGAUAUUGAAGCCCUUAAAGAACUGUCACUGAUGGAGGCCGAGAACUUCAUGUCUCUCUGGAGUGUUGAUAAGGCUUUUAGAGAUGAUUACGAGAGGAGAAUUUUGUCAUCGCUUGACAUUAGGCAGUUGAGCAAGGAUGGCAGGAUGAGGAACCCUGAUGAGAAGCCUCUAGUGUCACCGGAGGCACGGACUGCGUCACAGACAGAGGUUGCACCAAAAACUAAUGUGGAUCCACCAAAGGAAGAUCCCGUUUCUACCGCAAAACUUGAUGCUUCUGCAACGCAGAAAGUACAAAAAGAGAAGAAUAGCAAGGAGCUGAAAGAUGCAAAUGGCAAAAACACGAGUACUCUGAAAGAAGAUUUUGAUUUCGUUGAUGGCAACGAAGAAGUCUAUGGUUUAGAAAAGCUACCCGAGGAUACUAAUGCCAAGCGGAACGGUGUUGAUGAAGUAAAAUUGAGAGAGAUGAAGAGAGAAGAGGAAAUAGCAAAAAAUCGGCAGGCAAUGGAGAGGAAGAAGAAGUUGGCGGAGAAAGCAGCUGCUAAAGCAGCAUUAAAAGCUCAGAAAGAAGCUGAAAAGAAGCUCAAGGACCUUGAGAAGAAAGCGAGGAAAAAGGCUGGUGCUGUUGUUACUGGUCAGGAUCCUAUGGAGGAACCAACUGAGACAACUGAGGAAGAGAAGGCGGAGGAAAAGGUUGAAACUCCGGUAGCCCCUAAGGUCAAGGAGUGCAAAGAGAACACCGUUAGGCAUAGAGCAACGCGUGCAAAAGGCUCCGAGCUUCCUAAAGUUAUAUUAAAACACAAAAAGGGAAGAAACUACUGGCAGUGGGCUGCUCCUGCCGCUCUGGUAGUGUUGUUACUUCUUGUCGCGGCAUACAAGUAUAUGCUGUAGGAUACUGUUGACGUCGAAAUUAGAAUGAAAUAGAAGAGGGAAAACGUGGUUAUUCUCAGAUAUAUUGCAAUAGCAACGUUAGUUUAGUAACUUUAAGCUAUUCCUUUUUUAAUUUUUAAUUUUUUUUUUUGCAUCCUAGACUAUAGGGAUGGGAUAGUUAUAAUUUUGCUGGUAGAUGAGGCAGGUCCGAGAUACUUACAGAUAGAGUAAUUAUACAUUUUUGGUUUUGACAGUGUAGUUUCAAAUUUUGAUAUUUGCUUAGGGAUAUAUCGUCUGGGUGUUUCUUUUGUAAUCAGUGGCGGGAGCCAGAUUUUGUUA